ACCGCGAGUGGAGCCGGAGCCGCCCGCGGGCAGGGAGCGCCCGCCGCGAUGUCCCACUCGGUGGUCCUGCGCGGCCCUUCGCCGUGGGGGUUCCGCUUGGUGGGAGGCAAAGAUUUCAGCGCCCCGCUGACCAUCUCCAGGAUUAACCCUGGCAGUAAAGCAGCCAUGGCAGACCUGUGCCCAGGAGAUGUUAUUCUGGCAAUUAAUGGAGAGAACACGGAGAACAUGACACACCUGGAAGCACAGAACAAGAUCAAAGCGUGUGUGGACCAGCUGCUGCUCUCUGUGAACAGAGCUGAAGGGAAGAGCUGGUCCCCCCCUGUUCUGGAGGACGGGAAGGCUCAGGCAUACCGGAUCAACAUCGAGCCAGACCCACAGGACAAUGGCCCUGCCCAGAGCAGGAGGUCGGUGCCCCCCGGGGCUGGGGGCAGCCCCCUGGACAAGCAGCAGGUGCUGAACGUGCAGCACCACCAGCCCCCCCGGCUCUACCCCAACAGCGGCCCCGAGUCGGGGCUCCCGGCCCAGCUGGGCGGGCUCCACAUCUCUGCUGCACACAGCAUUGACCCCGUGAAGUCUCUCCCACGGAACAGAAAUGGGAUUGAUGUGGAGUCAGAUGUCUACAAGAUGCUCCAGGACUAUGAAAAGCCCGUCUCAGAGCCAAAGCAGUCUGGAUCCUUCCGAUACUUACAGGGCAUGUUGGAGGCUGGCGAGAACGGUGAAAAGCUCGACAGACUGAGCAGCCCCCGCAACAUGAAGCCCCCGGUGCCGAAGCUGGGCGGGGCCAUGUCGGGGCUGCAGAUGCUCCCGGAGUGCACCCGCUGCGGGAACGGCAUCGUGGGCACCAUCGUCAAGGCUCGGGACAAGCUCUACCACCCCGAGUGCUUCAUGUGCGACGACUGCGGCCUCAACCUGAAGCAGAGGGGGUAUUUCUUCAUCGAGGAGCAGCUGUACUGCGAGACCCACGCCAAGGAGAGGGUUAAGCCCCCCGAGGGCUAUGACGUGGUGGCUGUUUAUCCCAACGCUAAAGUCGAACUGGUCUAAGCCUGGGCUGUGCUCUGCAGAGGUCGGGCCGAGCCCAGAGCCCACCCACGUCCUGCGCCGGCUGCGAUCACCCCCGGCUACCACAGCCCGAGGCAAACUGCCUGUUCCCAGAUAAAGCCCUGUACACUUGGGAUCUCCGGGGGAUGGUGUUGAAAGCUUAAGAACAGGUUUUUCCCUUCUUUUUGACACUCUGCUUUUUGGGUUGCUGUGUUGGGUUAUUAGUCUGUGCCAUAACCUUGUCCAAGAUCUGUGUAAAUAUUGAUUAAUUCUCUACUCUGUUUCAUAUAAAACCAGUAUUCCUUUUUUUUUUUUGUGUGCCCUCCCUGUACUUAAAAAGCAAGGAAGAUGUUUUAAAAGCUCGAAGAAAAUAAGGCACUUUAACAAGAGAAGCUGACUCCUAUAUCCUGACCCUAAUCUCCUGCCCUGUCACCGUCCCAGCUAUUAAAACUUGACCCCCUGGGAGUCAGGAUGUGGUAUCAGUGGGUCCCCAGCUCAGCCCCAUCCCAGCAGCUGUGCUAAGGAAGGGUGGUCUCUUAAAGCACUAAUUGCAGUGAAAUUCUCUGGAUCAGGGCACUGCAGUUUGAGGCUGAGAGGGACUGAUUAGAGCUCCCCAAGAGAUCUCCACACUUGAGCCUGUGACAAGGCUUUUCUCUUCCUUUUUCCACUCCUAAUUCAGUUGUUUUCUGUCACCUAAUCACCCAAGCACACCUUUAAAGGACACUGAAAUAGCCUGGAGCACCCUUUGGAUAUCCCCACCUCCCACGCUCCUGCCCACAGCUGCCCUUGCUUUGGCCAUUCUGACUCUUCCCAUUUUUUGCUGUAUUUUUGUAGUCCUUUAUUUCUAGAUCCUCAGGCUGCUGCCAUCUGGGUCUGCCUCCCAGCAGGGAGAGAGUGAUGAAAUCCCUCCAGGCACUUGGGGAGGAACUGGAGCUGGGGUGAGUCCCAAGGCAGCAGGAUUGGAUUUAAACCCUUGUCCCAAGGCUGUGCUUUCAGUCAAGUCCAUCAUCCACUUUAUUUGAGGGGAAAAGUUUUUGUGGAUCAUGAGGUGUUGCUUUUUUUAGAUAAACAUGUUUUUUUGAGAUGUUGCUUUAUUAGAGAAAUGUGGGUUUUCUCAUGUUAGUGCUUGGAGGGAGAGAGAGUUUAGUCCCCAGCUGGAUUCUGCUGUGGGUGGUGAUGGGAGCCUGUGUUCAGUACCACGGGGUUAUUUCUGCUUUGCAACAGCCUCUCUGCUCUUUCUCUUCACUCUGGGAGAAGGAGGAUGUGGGGAAGAAAAAUAAAUGUCUGUGCUCACUUUCCUUCCAGGGAAAAGGAAAAUAAGAAAUGGGGUGAUGGGCAAAGCACUCCUUCCCCUUCUGGCUCUCCAUAACAGGGAAAAUUGGGACUGGAGGAGGGUUGGGAGCAUGAUCCCAGUUGAGGCUGAGCAGGCAAUUUAUUCCUACAGGUUCUGCACCUCAGAAGGGAUUUUAGGGUGUUACUGAGCUACAUCUAGACCUCUUCACACAGAGGAGCCUUGCAGGGAAUGCAGCAGCUCCUGUCCAGCUGCAAUCCCCACAUGUUGCUGGGUCAAACUCUUGUGCCUGUAGCUUGGAAGUUCAGGCUUCCCCCAAACCCAUGAGUGAAUGCAGCUCAACUGAGUGAUGGGGAACUCAUGACACAAAUGGCACAGGGGCCUGUCCCCAUUUUCCAGGCAGAUGGUCACAGCUGCCAGCGGUGCUGUUUGUCACUCCCUGGGGCUCUUGUCCCUGUUUGACUCCACCUGCAUUGUGGCCAUGUCCUGUGGGAUGCCAGGGGUCUGCAGCCCUGGCAUGGGGAACACUAAGAAAUUCAUAAAUUGGUUCAUUGCCUUCAUUUUAAACACCCCUCUGAGCAGGCUGCUGGCAGGGCACCCUUGGCUGUCUUGCUUGGCUGCCAUACCAGUACAGCACUGGGACUGCUGGGCAUGGGGCUUUGCUUUCAAUUUGACCCCAAGUUCCCACAGAUCAGUUUUUCCACAUGGCAUCUUGUGAUACCCCUUCUCAGGAGUAAUCAAUUCACUUGAUUCCCCUGUGGAGCUUGGAGCUGCCUCAUACAACCCCAUCCCAGGGCACACUGAUUCCUGACUUCAGGCACCUCAUUCCCCUUGUGGGGUUUGCAGGAGGUGCCACAAGCAAGUGUCACCUUUUGUGUCACCAGGUAAUGCUGUUUAACUCUGUAAAACAUGGGGAGGGUGCAUUUUGUAUGAAAUACAAAAUAAAACUGUACUGUUUGGUUUAUCACUUA